GGCUGAGCUCCUCGGCCUGUAGGGUCUGGUGCGGCGCGAACCGAGGGGAAUCCGGAGCGAUGCCCAGUCCCGCAUCCCCCGCGCCCCGGGACGGGACCGGGAAACCCGUCGGCCCCGCGCGGGGAUGCAGAGGCGCUUGACCCGGGGAAGAAAGAAGCCCCUCAAGGUGCGGUUGCUCCCGCCGGUCGCCGCUGCUCCAUGGGAUUUCUGCUGCCCCCCGCCAGUGACCUGAUGUGGACCGAAGCGUUUCUAACAUGAACUUUCUCUCUGGGCUCUGGUGGUCUCUUCCCUUGGUCCUGCUCUGGGCGACCCCACCAGUCACCUCCUCAUGGUGGUACAUGGGUGCCGUGGGCUCGUCGCGGGUGAUGUGCGACAACGUGCCGGGGCUGGUGAGCCGGCAGCGGCAGCUGUGCCGCCGGCACCCCGAGGCCAUGCUCUCCAUCGGCCGCGGCGUGGCCGCCUGGACGGCCGAGUGCCAGCACCAGUUCCGCCGCCACCGCUGGGACUGCAACGCCCUGGAGCGGGGGCAGCGCCUCCUCGGACGCGUCCUGCUGCGCAGUAGUCGGGAAUCUGCUUUUGUACAUGCCAUCUCCUCCGCUGGAGUGGUUUUUGCCAUCACCAGGGCGUGCAGCCAAGGGGAGCUGAAAUCCUGCUCCUGCGAUCCCAAGAAGAAAGGCUCUGCCAAGGACAGCAAGGGCCACUUUGACUGGGGUGGCUGCAGCGACAACAUCGACUACGGCAUUAAAUUUGCCAGGGCCUUCGUAGAUGCCAAAGAAAGGAAAGGAAAGGAUGCGAGAGCCCUGAUGAACCUUCACAACAACAGAGCGGGGAGGAAGGCCGUGAAGCGGUUUUUGACACAGGAGUGCAAAUGUCACGGUGUGAGUGGAUCAUGCACUCUAAGGACCUGCUGGCUGGCCAUGGCAGACUUUAGGAAAACGGGAGAUUAUCUGUGGAAGAAAUACAAUGGAGCGAUUCAGGUGGUCAUGAACCAAGACGGCACGGGUUUCACCGUGGCUAAUAAGAGAUUUAAGAAGCCAACUAAGAAUGACCUGGUGUACUUUGAAAGCUCUCCAGACUACUGUAUCAGGGACAGGGAUGUAGGGUCCCUGGGGACAGCGGGCCGGGUCUGCAACCAGACGUCGCGCGGCAUGGACAGCUGCGAGGUGAUGUGCUGCGGGAGGGGCUACGACACCUCCCGCGUCAGCAGGAUGACCAAGUGCGAGUGCAAGUUCCACUGGUGCUGUGCCGUGCGCUGCCAGGACUGCCUGGAGGUGGUAGACAUCCACACCUGCAAGGCGCCCAAGAGCGCCGCCUGGAUCUCCCGGACAUGAUGCUUGAGGAGCACAGCCUUCGCCCUUCCCGGUCCCUGCAGGGAAUGCACCCGAGGGCUUCUCUGCUUCUACGCCAGUUUUGCCUUUGUCUUUCAUUGCACAGAAGCUGCUGGAUAAUUAAUACAUACGUCCCAUUUCUGCACGAGGGUGUUGCUGCAGAGCUGUCUGUGCAUAAACUGAUGCAGCACUGGAAGGACGUACUUCUGCCAGGACUCUUCCAACCACCACACAGCUCUCCUCUCGACUCCUUGCAGCGUGUUAUUUCGACCAGCAAGACAGAAGGAUGGGGCAUUUCUAACACCACCACCACCACCUGCAUGGGCUGAGCUCCCUCAAGAGUCUUCCAAAGCAUCUUGUGCUGGUCAUGUUCGUGCCCUGGAUACCAGUGCUGGGGAGUUUGAGCACCACUUGGUGAAUCCUCCACGAGAGAAAAAUCCAGGGGCCAGGCUGAGUGAAUCUCUUUACAGGAGGGUUUGUCCAUCCCUGGUGGACUGGAGUUUGCAGUGUGGUGGCCCAGCUGCCAUCCCAUAGGUCAUCCAGUGCCUCCCUGGCUGCCAUUAGCCACCCUGUUGGGCAGAAACAGGCCCAUGGCACAAAGCAAGCUGCAGGAAAUAUAUUUAACCACAACAUUUUCAUAAACUACUAAAGAGUCAAAGCAAAUGUCUUAGUUAUAUAUUUGUGAAAACUUGCCAUAAAAGCUUGUAAAAAGGUCAUUAACUGCUGAGGUUUGUUGCCAUCUGAAGGAUCGAAGAGAAGAGGUUUGUUUCUCAGCCUGGUGAGAGAUGGUGUAGGACAGUGGACUACCUGAGGAUAAGGUUUCCAGUUUUUCACUUAAUGAAUAAACAGAAAAACAUUUGCAGAAAGAUGGUGUAGAAGGAAAUACCUUUUCUCAGUAAUGACUUGGUUUCUAAAGAAUCUAUGAACUUUUAUGCUCUGUUAAAUUUAAUAAAUCUAUUAAAUAUGUUCAGAAUGAUACUUUCCUUUCAGGUGGGGACUUCCAAAUGAGAUUUUCUCUGAAUACUUUCUGCAAUACUCACACCUUAUGAUUAAGGCUGCGCUGGGCUUUGACAGAGGCUCUUACAGGGACCAGCACAUAACGGCAAAGUGCUGCAAAGAUGCUCAGGAGAACCUGAAAUCGAAGCCUCAAUGGGAGAGGAGGUGGGUCAGAGAGGGACCAGCCCUCUCUCCUCAGAGCAGAGACCAGUGAAUGUGCCAAGACGACGGAAAGAUGGGUUCUGUGCCGGUGAGUCUAAGGCUGUGGAAAGGCACCCAUGAAGCGCAGAGAUGGGCAGGGUAAUGAAAAAACAAAUAACGCAGGAAG